UUCAGCUCAGUACGAAAUCGAAAGUGAGUGGGACCGGUUAAAUUCGCAGAACGGGUCUACUCUUUUAGACCCACACACAUAUAAUUCCUGUCUGGAUAUUGUGAUGCAACUAGACUUACUUUGACUGCGUUAUUUGGAACUCUACGUAAACAGAUAUGGCCCUACGAAUCAUCUCCAACCAGUUGCGAAACUUUAGCAAGUUUGGCAAUGUGCAAAGGGCUUUCGCCUCAUCCAGCAAUGAACCCACAUUCAACUGGGAGGAUCCAUUGAACCUGGAAUCGCAGCUCAAGGAGGAUGAGAUCGCGAUCCGAGAUUCGUUCAGGGCCUAUUGUGAGGACAAACUCAUGUCCCGGGUAAUUCUGGCCAACAGAGAUGAAGUCUUCCACAAAGAGAUCAUGAAAGAGCUGGGAUCGUUCGGUGUCCUAGGAUGCACGAUCAAGGGCUACGAGUGUGCCGGGGUGAGCAAUGUGGCCUACGGCUUGCUAACACGUGAAGUCGAGCGCGUAGACUCCGGCUAUCGAUCGGCCUUCAGUGUUCAAAGUUCCCUCUGCAUGGGUGCCAUCUACGACUACGGCAGCGAAGAGCAGAAGCAAAAGUAUCUGCCGAAAAUGGCCAAGGGCGAACUGAUUGGGUGCUUUGGGCUGACCGAGCCAAACCACGGUAGCGAUCCUUCCUCGAUGGAAACCCGAGCGGUGCAUGAUCCCAAAACCAAAACCUAUGUCCUGACUGGAAGUAAGACGUGGAUCACCAACUCUCCGGUGGCGGACGUAUGCAUCGUUUGGGGCAAGACCGAGGACGGUAAGGUUCGAGGAUUUAUUAUUGAUCGCGAGCAGAGCUCGGCAGGACUAUCUACACCUAAGAUCCAGGGUAAAUUCUCUCUUCGGGCGUCCGACACCGGCAUGAUUCUGAUGGACGAGGUUCGUAUUCCGGAGGACAACAUUCUGCCGAAUGUUUCCGGUAUGCGCGGACCUUUUGGAUGUUUGAACAACGCCCGCUACGGAAUUGCGUGGGGUGCUCUGGGAGCGGCCGAAUCUUGCCUAAAGGUCGCCAGACAGUACACCCUAGAUAGGAAACAAUUCAAGAAGCCCCUGGCAGCGAACCAACUGAUGCAGAAGAAGAUGGCCGAUAUGUUGACGGAGAUCAGCUUGGGAUUGACCGCUUGUUUGCACGUUGGACGACUGAAGGAUCAAAAAUUGCACACUCCAGAGAUGAUCUCCAUGCUGAAGCGGAAUAACGCUGGAAAGGCGUUGGAAAUUGCCCGCGUGGCCAGGGACAUGCUCGGAGGAAAUGGAAUUGCCGAUGAAUAUCACAUAAUCCGUCAUGUGAUGAAUCUGGAGGCUGUCAAUACUUAUGAAGGAACCCACGAUAUUCAUGCCCUUAUUCUGGGACGUGCCAUUACCGGUAUUCAGGCGUUUGCCUAAAGUUAAAUCUACAGCUGUUGAAACCAAGUGAUACUGCAUGCAUUUGUAAAUGUGACAAUAAAACAUUGAUUAAUUGCUUAAACGAAAAAAA